CUCACCGACCACUUUGCGCUGAACCGCGACUCCAAGUUGCCGCUCUGCGCGCGCGCAUACGAUCCGAACCGAGUUAAAAAUAUGUAUUCGAUUUCAGUGCUGAGGUGAAAAUUGUGAAACAGUGCGUUCGAACUAGUGCUCAAUUUAACAGGAUUUAUUUUUUGUGAAUAACGUGAUCGUGCCCACUUUCAAGAUGGGCUGCAAAUUAACAUUCGUCGACGAUGUACUAAAUCGAUCGUUCUACAAACUCGGCCUGGUGGUCGGCAAACAGCCGGGCUAUUUCAUCAUCAUACCGGUGCUUCUGACUCUUUUGAUGAUCACUGGAUACCAACGCGUUUACUAUGAAAUGGAUCCAGAAUACCUUUUUUCGCCCGUCAGUGGUCAGGGAAAGUUGGAAAGACGGAUAGUUGAGGAAUACUUCAAAGUUAACUAUUCGCAUAGGUUCAACGUUGGGAGGAUAACACGACCAGGUAGAUUCGGUCGUGUGAUCAUCGUAUCAAAGGACAAUGACACUAACAUGCUAAGAACAGAGGUUUGGAAAGAGCUGAGAGAGUUAGACGACUUGGUGCAAAAUGUAACCGUCACCAUGCCGACCGGGGAAACGUUCACCUACAGAGAGGAGUGCGCGCGGUGGGAGGGACAGUGCUUCGUCAACGAUAUAUUGAACUUGGAUAAAAUUAUAGGGGAGGUGGAGCGAGGAGAAUUAAACCUCACGUUUCCCAUAAUGUUCAACCCCGUGACAUGGGAGGCUCACGCUUUUCCCGUAUACUUCGGCGGUUCGAAGAUAGUGGACGACACCAUCGUGUCCGUCCCCGCCGUGCAGCUCGUGUGGUUCGUGAGGACUGACACCAAACUGCAGGAACAACGAGGUGCAGCCUGGGAAGACGCGUUUUUAGAUGCUGUAGGUGUGGCAGAGGACACGGGGCGAUUCAAACACAUUUCUGUCGCGAGAUUCGCGUCACGAACACUCGACCACGAACUCGAAAAGAAUACGAAGACCGUUAUUCCGUUUUUUAGCUCCACCUUCAUACUUAUGGGAAUAUUUUCCAUAGUUACCUGCAUGAUGGGUGAUUGGGUCCGCUCAAAGCCCUGGCUCGGUUUAUUGGGUAACAUCUCCGCUGUUAUGGCAACCGCAGCAGCGUUCGGCUGUGCUAUUUAUUUAGGAAUAUCGUUUAUAGGAAUUAAUUUAGCAGCACCUUUUCUCAUGAUUGGUAUCGGCAUUGACGACACUUUCGUAAUGUUAGCGGCGUGGCGGAGGACGUCGCCAAGACUCCCUGUACCGGAACGGAUGGCAAUCAUGUUGUCGGAAGCAGCUGUCUCUAUAACUAUUACUUCAGUGACGGAUAUGUUAUCAUUCUUUAUUGGUAUAUUCUCGCCCUUUCCGUCUGUACAAAUAUUCUGCAUGUAUUCAGGAUUGGCGGUAUGCUUUACAUUUGUAUGGCAUUUAACUUUCUUUGCUGGUUGCGUCGCUGUAUCUGGAUAUAGAGAAAAACAAAACCGACAUACAAUCACUUGGCUUAAAGUGCUACCAGAGUCUAGAGCGCGAAAAGAAGAACGAUCCUGGCUCUACAGAAUAUUCUGCAGUGGUGGUAUCGAUCAAGCAGAUCCAGAUAAUCCUAUUGACAACAAGGAACACUGCAUUAUGUCUUUCUUCAAAACUACCAUGGCUGAUUUGCUAAAUAAUAACUUUAUAAAAGCAGUAGUUAUUAUAGUAUUCCUCGCUUAUCUAGCUGGAGCUGGGUAUGGAGUAACAAAUCUCAAGGAAGGCUUGGAACGAAGAAAGCUGUCGAAAAUUGAUUCAUACUCCGUGGAAUUCUUUGAUCGCGAAGACCUUUACUAUAGAGAAUUUCCUUACCGAAUUCAGGUUAUUAUAAGCGGCAAAUACAAUUACUCGGAUCCAAAAGUUCAAGACGAGGUAGAAAAUCUAACUAAAAGUCUAGAAAAUACGUCGUACAUAUCAAAUUCUCUAUACACAGAAUCCUGGUUGCGAACCUUCGUCGACUACGUGGAAAGAAAUAAUGACUAUUUAAAUAUUUCUAUAGAUACAGAAAAAGAUUUUAUUAAGAACCUGAAGGAGCUUUGGCUUUUCCCAGCAAAUCCAUUUUCGUUGGAUGUUAAGUUUGAUGAAACAGGAGAAACUAUAAUUGCUUCACGAUUUUUAGUGCAGGCCAUUAAUAUAAGUGGAACCAACCACGAGAAAGAAAUGGUAAAAGCACUCAGAGAAGUUGUUGCACAAUCACCACUUAACGUUUCUGUAUUCCAUCCCUACUUCGUAUUUUUUGAUCAGUUCGAACUUGUACGACCGACCUCAAUCCAAAAUCUUUGCUAUGGUGCCCUCAUGAUGAUGAUAACAUCUUUUAUUUUCAUACCUAAUAUAUUAUGCUCCUUAUGGGUUGCCUUCAGUAUAAUAUCCAUUGAAGUUGGAGUAGUCGGGUACAUGGCACUCUGGGAUAUCAAUCUCGAUUCGAUAUCGAUGAUCAACCUUAUUAUGUGUAUAGGAUUUUCAGUUGAUUUUACCGCUCAUAUUUGCUAUGCUUACAUGUCAUCGAAAGCCAAAUGUCCUAAAGAUAGAGUCAGUGAAUGUUUAUACUCUUUAGGAUUGCCCAUUGUUCAAGGCUCCUUUAGUACGAUCUUAGGAGUGGUGGCGCUAUUAUUGGCUGAUAGUUAUAUAUUUUCUGUGUUCUUCAAAAUGGUAUUCAUGGUAAUAUUUUUUGGUGCAAUGCAUGGUCUAUUCCUUUUACCAGUUCUAUUGUCACUUUUUGGGCCUGGAUCAUGUUCCAAACACGACGACGAUAUAAAAUUGACUAAAAUUGAAAAAUGUUACCCAAAUCCAUAUUGCUUACCUCAUCCACAACUGAUGCUUAAUGAUCAAAUCUAUAAUGGAAAAAACGGAAGCCCUAACGGUAUUUACAAAAUCUAUGGUGAAGAUAAAGACCUUGGCAUUGGAACAUCGGGUGAAGACACAAGCGAAAGUAGUUCUAAUCAAUCCCAACGGCGUCAAAUUGGAGAUGAGGACAGCAAAAGGAAGAGAUACGACGAUGGUUGGAAAAGAUUCAAUUAUGGACAAAGUACAAGUCAAUUUCAGCCAUCUGGAGAACUAGACAUCUAUGGACACGAUAAUGACCGAGCAUGGCAGAGACAACGAUAUGAAGCCAACCGCAGGGCCUUUGAUAAUCACAGAAAAAUCCCGGCUUAUAAAGAGGAUGAUUUUGGAAAACCGCGUAAAUCGAGUGAUACGAGUCCAAGGCGGGAAGAACCAUACAGAGUGACUCGAACUCAUUCUCAUCAUAAUUUGCAUAGGCCGAGAGCACCAAAACGUUCCAACUCGCACCAAAACCUUGAACACAUUGAUUACGUCGCAGAAAUGCGCUUUCCUUGACAGUAACCCUUCGACCUCCCCAUGAAAUAUAAAAGUUCAAGAACGUUUAUUUCAUGUGCUCAACUUGUGGACCAAAGUAUUAUUUUUGUAUGAGAACAUAAACAAUUAGUUAAUUUUCAACUAUAUGAAAGACUUUGAAGUGGUGUCAUUAAAUAUUAAAUCUAGUUAUAUAAGAGUGAUGAAGUUUAGUUUAUAAGUUAGUGUGGAAAUAUUAUCGAAUAUUUCACUUGUGAGGUGAUGGAAUACGUUCAUAUAAUACAUGUUAUGUAGAAUGCGAUCAAAAAUGAAUUUUGAUUUUGUAUUGUAUUGCUCAAUUUUUUAUUUAUAUAAUGAUGCAAUGCUCUCAAUGAAACACUUUAAAAUUUCUGUAUAAAUUUAUUUAAUUAAUGAGUUCCUACAAUCUAUCUUAUCUACAUAACGUAAAAGAAUACAAGACAUAAAUCAGUCGAACAUAAUAUAAAGAAAAUUAUGAACAUACAUAAAGUUUUGACAUGGUUUAAAUCUAAGCAAUUAAUGAAGAAGUGUGUGUGAUAUUUACAAUUAAAACUGGGUGGGUGUGUUGUUACCUAGUAAUGUGUACAUAUGAGUUAUUUAAAAUAAUUAAGUCUAAUAUUUUAUAAAGCUUUAACUGUAUCUUAUACUGCUGUAAAUAGUGUGAUACAUUAGGAUGCCAUGUACCUUUCUCCACAUUUCAAUUUUCAAGGUACCCAAUUUUUUUAUAUGUAUCUUUUUAUUCAAAAUAAAAUAAUGAAUGGGCUUAAUUAUUUACUGGCAAUACUUUGCCUUGCAUUUUGUUUGGUUGCAAAAUAUUUUUGUUUAAUAUACAUUUGCAUGUAUGAUUUUUUAGUGGUACUACCACAGCUCAUGACUGAAUACUGUAAAUAUUUGAUUUGUUUUGUAUUAAAUAAUCUUAGUU